AUGAAUGUUUCCGUCUCGGUCCCUUCGCACUACUCUUAUCGCCGGCAGCCGUCUGCACUUAUCGACUGUCCACGCGAGCCGCGUGACUCACGACCUGCGACUAUUCAGAGACAAAAACGCCCCAGUUCAGUUAAAAGCCUUUUGUCUCAUCUUCCGCGUGCAAACUCUCUCGUUCCUCAAGGUCCCGAAAAUGAGGAGACACACGGGCAGUUCACUUUUCCACCGGCGCCGUCCGCUGCGUUUGCCUCUGCGAUGGCCUCCCCUCCACCUCGCAGUCCGGUGUCUUCGCUCAACCCGUGCGUCUCUCUCUUGAAUGGACUGCAGGAGAGCGAGGCGCACGCUGUCGAGCGCUUCGCAGUUCUGUGCUGUCUGGAGCGGCGGAUAGAAGCAGAAGCCGCCCGUUUGGCGAGGCUCCUCGAUCGCAUGCGUGCGCAGCGCAUUCGCCUUCAGUUUCAGCAGCAGCAACCGAGGCAGUUUCGAGGCUCCGAAAGAGGUGGCGGAAAAAGAAGGUGGCGGGGCAGAGUUGACGAAUGUGGCGGCUCGGAAAGCGAAGAAGACGAGGGGAAGUCCAUGUCUCUUCUCCUCAACGAAGCUGGCCAGCCGCUCCCCAGCAACCCCGACGCCAUACACAUAUGGACGCUCCGCAACCGCCUUCAACACCUCUCCAGAGGAAGCAGCCGAGCCAAGUUGUCUGCAGCAGCCAGCAAGGCCGGGGCCCUCGUGUGUCCGUCUGCCGCGACGGCGCCUGGAAAGGCUCGCGGCGAGAAGGGGAGCGAGGCCGAGAAAAAGAUUCCGCAGUCGGCGGUAUGGGAGCGUGGAGACCCCGGCUGGAGCAGCGCCAUUCUGCGCUGGCAGCUAGAGAGGCUGAAGGUGAAGAGGAGAAGGAGAGUAAAAAAGGAAGAAGAUGGAGGGGCGGGGGAAAAGGGGGGCAGUGGUGAGCCCGAGGACAGGGACGAAGAAGCUGAGGAGAGGGAGGAAGAAGAGGCAGCGGUGCGGGAACGCAUGGCGGCGGCGGACUUGCGGGUCUUUCGAAGCUUCGUAAGAGAGCUGUGCAAGACUCUGGUCUCGAUACCCAUCUCUACGCACGCAGUCCGCGCGCUCUUUGACUACUGUCGCGUCCACUCGUCGUCUCCUCAUGCACUUCCAGCGUCUUCCGAAGAGGCUUGGCUCCCCCUUACCCCCGGCGAAGUUCAUCCCUCGAAGCUUUUGUAUGCCACGCGCAGUCUGCUUCUCGCGAGUCGGCGUCUCUGCAUGGGUUCUGCCGCUGCGGCGGGGGUCCAUGUGCCUGCCCCUAUUCCGACGCUGGCAGAGGUCCUCCGCGUUGUGUGCACAGCUGUGUCCGCGUCGCUGCCGCCGAGUGUGUCCUGGGCCUUUACGCCUGCGGAGUGCCUCACUAAAUUCAUCAACAGUGUGCAGGCGCGGGACGACCCAGUCUCUGGCUUCCUCUUCGCCUCUGGCGGCCACGAUGCACGCGGUGCAGAGAGUUCGCUCGCAGUCGCCCCCUCGCACACUUCUGGCGUCGUCGGCUCUGGUGGUCCGCAGGUCACUGGCGAGAACCGAGGGCCGCGGCCUGCGGCGACUCCGAGCUCCUCUUCGUCCCACGCGCCUCUCGCGUGCCCUCACGAAGACGCAGCAGCACGCGCGGGCGCUCUUUCGGGACAGGACUUCCGGCUCCUGGCGAGCGUGGAGGAGGCGAUUGUCCGUGGCCUAGGGCAGGUUGCUGAGGCCAGCCAAAGGACGGGGGCAGCUGAGAAGGAAGGCCGCGGAGAAGCGACAGAUGAGGAGACCGGAGCGCUUCGCCGGGGUCGCCAAGCCGCGCACACAAAACCGGGGAAGAGUAAACGCGGGGAACGACCGCUGGCAAGAAUGCGUCAAGAAGCCGACGCGAAUGAGGCGGAAGGAGAUCCCCACGCAGGGUUGCUGUCCCUGAGAGCACGCAGCAGCGCGGCGGGGGUCGGAGCAGACGCCGGAUACGGCGAUGGCCAGAGCGGCGCUUUCUAUAGUGGAGCCACGUUGAGCGCAGGGAUCCGGGCCGCUCUGUCGAGGUGCGACCAGGUUCCGAUUCUCUUCUUCUCGUCACUGGUCGCGCAGCCAGUGACGCCGUUCUCCGUCUUCCAGGUGUACCUCCACCUGAAGAAGAGAAGCUCCGAGCAACACGACCUCGUCGCCCACCGCCGGUGGUGGGCGGCAGAAGAAGACGCCGCGCUCCUCCGCGCAGUCGAGUCCGUGGGCGUUCAACAGCGCGGGGCGGGCAAGUGGAUGAAGGUCGCCGCUAUGCUGCCUGGUCGCACCAAUAACCAGUGCCGGGCUCGCUAUCUCUAUCUCUCCGUGGAAGGGAAACGCCAUGGGCUUUUUUCGGCGUUGGAGGACAUCCGCCUGCAGAUCCUCGUUUCGUGCUAUGGCAGGGGCACCUGGGGCAAGAUCGCGCGGCACCUUCGAGGCCGGACGGAAAUGAAAUGUCGAGAGAGAUACGAGAACUGCCUGCAUGAGGAAGUCAAAUCCCUGCCGUGGACAGUCAGCGAGGUCUCGCUUCUCCAGGUCGCCGCGAGCUUUUACCACCAAGACUGGAGGAAAGUCGCACGCGUGGUCACGGGGCGACCGGCUGAGAGCUGCAGAGAGAAGUUCGAAGAACUCGAGGUUCACGCGGAACUGGAAAGGGCCUGCGUCCGCCUUCUUCGGUUGUCGGGGCCAGAGACCGAAGACGCAGGCGAUGCCGCAGCAGAGGAGAGGAGCAAGCUUCGUCUCCACUCAACGGAAGGCGGGGGGCGAGAGGGCGUCGGGUGGCCCCCCCACGGCGAGUCAGGGUCGCUGGAGACAGCGUCGCACAGCGAUCUGUCUGUCGUCGCCUGGGCUCAAAGCCACGUGGCGUCGCUUCUUCGCCUUUUCCUGACCUCUUGUCCGCAGCUGUUCCCUGCCUCGGUGCAUGCGGCUGUGAUGAGCCAGCGGUCGUCCGCUUCUCCCUCUUGGCGCCCUUUUCCCGCCUUAUCCAGCGAAGACGCAGUCCCGAACGGCGGUCGCCUUCUCAACCCGACAAGCGACGUCUGGCGAGCCUCAGAUCUGGCGGAGACACAGGCCCCCGCGGGCGCCCAAGAGAGAGCCGACCAAGAGGGGGAAGGCGCGUGCAGCCACGCAGGCGGAGCUCGUUCCGCUGGUGCUAGAGGAGAAGCCAUUCAGUUCGCGAGGUACCUCGAUGGCGUGUACGCGAUGUUAGGUUUUCCCGAUUCGCCUUCGAGUACGCCUCUCCGGCUAGAUGGAUCGCGUCACUGCGUGUCCUCAGUAGGCCGCUCUCUCUCUGAAAGUCCGGGGGGAGUAGCUGGCGGCCUGGGUUCUAAGGAGGGCGACGGCCGAGCGGGCAUCAACCCCCAGGGGGUUGUUUCCUCGGCGCCGUUUUCAUUUAGCGCUUCGGAAGCAUCUCCAUCCUUGAGCGCUCUCUUUUCGCCCUUGGCGUCCCUUGUUGAGGCCUCGCCGGGCUCCUUCGCAGCGCCCGGAGGCGGAGCCCCGCACGUCCCUCCUCACCCGCUGGCGCCGCCGUCUCCGUCGCUCCUCUGUCUUCCGCCGGCACCCUGUCCGCCGUCGUCUUCGAGCGAACCGCCUGCGCCUCCUGUGUCUGCACUUCCGGCGGGCGUGGAGGCCCCUGAGGGAAAGGGUGAUGAGUCUCCGGGUGCGGAGACCGACGACGCCAUCCCUCCUUCCGUCCCGCCAGAAGUGGUGAAGAGGGCGCGCGACACAGUGCGCGCCUGUCUCUUCCUUCUCCUCCGCCUGGAAAAGAGUAUAGGUUUCGAUGCAACUGAGCACGCGCCGCGGUUGAUCGGGCUGCUGAAAGGGGCGGCAGGCCGGCGCAGUGGCGAGACCAGCGCGGCAAAGAGCCUGGCGAGGCGUUUCGAGGGACCGCUAACGGGAACAACAGGGAUCUGUGGCUCGUCUCCCCUCGCAGGGCAGCACAGCCGCCCCAAGGGCGCGAGGAGAACUCGUGGAAGAGAAACCGACAAACAGACACACACGCAGUUCCCGCUCGUGUCUCUGCCGGAGUUUCUUGAGGGCGGUCUCCCGUCGGAACCGUGUCUCCCAGACCCGCGGCUCCCUGCGACUGCGCUUCUGCCGGUUGUCGAGGGCCUUCUGCGGUGGCUAGCUGCUAAACCCUCGCCGUGGCCCGCUGGGGGAUCCCAGCGGUCGAGCCCGCACCGGGUGCCCAGGGACAGAGCCUCUCUGGAUGGAUGUGCGAGUCGGGCGGUGCGCGACCCCCUAGCGACGAAGGAAGGCGGCGACGAACUGUCAGGGCCUCUUGGCCCCUCGUCGGGGGGGGGUGGGGACGCUGGCGGCCUUUGGGAGUCCGCAGGAUGUGCGGUGCCUCGAAUGUCUGCAAGUCGGGCCGAAGCAGGUUUUGACCGCCUAGACCCGUUUGCGCCUCACCCAGAAGGACCGCGCCGGCAGUCUGCAGUUCUCACCUCCAAGCGGCUCGCCCUGAGGCGUCUGCAACGGCGCCCGCUGCCUGCCGCUCUGGUCGAGGCCGCGACGAAGGCGGCGGCCGCCGAGAUGAAGCGACGGGGUCUGGAUCAGGAAGCGCGCGUUUCAAGCGGUGUGCAGCGCGGGAAAGAUGUGAGACAGAGGACAGAAAGCUUCCCUUCUGUCUCUUCACCUGCUUCGGCAGAAGACGGCAGCCAGCCUGACAAUGUGGCUCCCUCAAGCAUGCCGCAGGCGUGGCUAUCAUGCAGGGACGAGCAAGGCAGCGUGGAAGGGGAGCAACGUGAAGGCCCAGGUUUUGGUGACGUUCGAGGCGGGGGGUUGGCGCGCCAGGGGGGGUCGCCGAGAGACUCGACCACCAGACGAAAUCCUGCACACGAAGACCGACAAGAAGACCUGCUGUGUGCGGAUGAUCACCUGAUGCCGAGAUGGAGAGACGGUGAGGUUGCCUCGAUCUUGCCGGAGCCCGUCAGGCAGCAGGCAGAAGGCAGCCCGAGCGGCGCCUGCGGAUUGGAGACACACAGCACGGCGGAUUUAGCUCGCGAGCGAAGCGCGGUCGCCUGCGAGAGGAAGAGAGGAGGACGUGGCAGAAGAAACGCGCUGCCAAGGCGACAGCGGAGAGCCUCAGGUUGUUCUGAAAGACGAACAGGACGGCAGGUCCGUGCGUCUGAAGAAGCGGGCGAGAGUUUAAGGGACUCGCCCAUGGCUCGACUAGACACAAGGGACAGUAGUACAGAUGGCCCUCGAGUAAGAGCCGAGAGAGAGGAAGACCUCUCGACGGGUAACACAUCUGAUGCAGAGCCGAUGGCAGAAAGGCAAGCAAAAGAGACGGCCAGAAGCACGAGGCGAAGUGCACAGCGCCAAACGCAAAAGGGACAAGGCAGUGAAAGUGAAAAAGGUGACCCCAGUGACCCCGGGGCAGGAAGGGGUCGUCAGGUACUAUACGAAGGCGACAUUGCUGAGGGUCUUGCCAUAGGCUGUCACGGGGGAGACGUUGAUGUGAGGCAGAUGUGCGAACGCGUGGUCGUAGGCCUCCCCCUGAUUGACGGUAAAACAGGGAAGGCUUUCACAGAAGGAGAGGCCCACAGGCUGGCCUGGGAUGUUGCCGAACGCCUCAGAACGCUGGAGCAGGGAGACAUGCCCUGA